AUGAGCUCCUUCGACCUCCCGGUUCCCUCGCCUCCGCACAGCAGCCCUCAGUUCCCCGCCGCCAGCCAGGAGACCCCCGAGAUGAACCUCUACUAUGACAACUUCUUCCACACUCAGGGCGUAUCCAGCCCUCAGCGGACCCCGUCCUUUGAGAGUGGCGGCGACUUCGGGGCCACCCCGAACCCCUACCUCUGGUUCAACGGGCAGGCCAUGGCCCCGCAGCCCUACCUGCCGGGCCCCAACGCCGGCCCCUUCUUACCCCAGGCCUACGGGGUCCAGAGGCAGCUGCUUCCCGCCAUGUCCGGCGUGGGGGCCGGCGACCUGGGCUGGCUGCCCAUCCCGUCGCAGGAGGAGCUGAUGAAGCUGGUGCGCCCCCCCUAUUCCUACUCGGCGCUCAUCGCCAUGGCCAUCCACGGGGCUCCUGAGAAGCGCCUCACCCUCAGCCAGAUCUACCAGUACGUGGCCGACAACUUCCCCUUCUACAACAAGAGCAAGGCUGGCUGGCAGAACUCCAUCCGCCACAACCUGUCGCUCAACGACUGCUUCAAGAAGGUGCCGCGCGACGAGGACGACCCAGGCAAAGGGAACUACUGGACCCUGGACCCCAACUGUGAAAAGAUGUUCGACAAUGGAAAUUUCCGCAGGAAGAGGAAGAGAAAAUCAGACGCAUCCGCCAGCGCGGGCUCCUCGGCCUCGGAGAAGGCGGACGGCGGUCUCCUGGCGGGCAGCCCCAAGACCGCCGAUGCCCAGGAUGUCUUGGAUAGCACCUCACCAGGUGCUGCCAGCUCCGCAGAGCAGCCGCUGGCCCAGGCCCCGCCGGGCACCCCCUGCCUCAACAACUUCCUCUCCGCCAUGAAUGCCUACGUGAACGGGCCCAGCCCCAUGAGCCGCCCUGUGGCCGCACCAGGGCUGAGCCCUGAGCCUGCUGACAAGAUGGGGCAAGGCUUGAUGAACUUCAACGCCUACACCCCGCUCAGCAACCUCAGCAGCCCCGGGGCCGCGGGUGAGUGGGCCAACCCCAUGCCCACCAACAAUCUCGGGUAUGGAGGCUCCAUCCUCAACCAGCUCAGCCCCCCUUUCUACAACGGCGCCAACCCGAACAACGUCCUCUACCCUAGGGAGGGCACUGAGGUCUAA